GUCUAUUAUUUCAUCUAAAUAAGUUGAUAAGAAUCCAAAGAUUAAGAAACAACACACUCUCUCUUUCUCUCUUUUGGGAUAUUUUUCAUUUCAAACUAAAAUCCAAAUUAUGGGUUUCAGCGAGAAGCAAGAGAGCUUAGUGAAGGAGUCAUGGGAGGUUAUGAAGCUCGACAUUCCUCACCACAGUCUUCGAUUUUUCACUUUGAUACUUGAGAUUGCACCGGCUGCCAAGAACAUGUUUUCAUUUCUAAAAGAUUCGGAUGAAGUACCACAAAAUAAUCCUAAGCUCAAGGCUCAUGCUGUUAAGGUUUUUAAAAUGACAUGUGAAGCAGCCAUUCAGCUUAGGGAGAAGGGAGAGGUAGUAGUCCCUGAUUCAAGUUUAAAGCAUUUGGGGUCUGUUCAUCUCAAGAAUGGAGUCAUCCCUCCACAUUUCGAGGUGGUGAAAGAGGCCCUGUUGAGAACAAUCAAGGAAGGACUUGGAGAAAAAUGGAACGAGGAGAUUGGUUCUUCUUGGGGAGAAGCCUAUGAUCAAUUGGCUGCAGCUAUCAAAAAUGAGAUGAAGCAAUGAUUCAUUUCAAACUCUGUUUUUUAUUAAAUAAUUGAACUUGUACAAGUAAAAUGCUUCAUCUCAUUAUGGGCAAGCUCAUGAAUUUCAAUUUCAUCAAAAUCAAAUAAUAAUAUCAUCAUUUAUAAUUAAUAUGACUCUGAGUGAGUCUAUUACAUUUA